AUCCACACAGGUUUACAACACCAGAUAAUCUGGCCGUGCCAGCCCAGCUGCAUGCCGCUGGAUGAGAAACUCCUCCCAGAGCUGCUUCAAGAGGCGGGAUACGUUACUCACAUGGUGGGGAAGUGGCAUUUAGGGAUGUACCGGAAAGAAUGCCUUCCAACCCGCAGAGGAUUUCAUACUUACUUCGGCUAUCUUCUGGGGAGUGAGGAUUAUUAUUCUCAUGACCGUUGUGUCCUCAUCAAAGCAAAGAACGUAACACGCUGCGCUCUGGACUUUCGAGACGGAGAAGAAGUUGCAACCGGGUUUAAAAACUUGUAUUCUACUAAUUUAUUCACAGAAAGAGCUAUAGAUCUUAUAGCCAAUCAUAGAACUGAGAAGCCCCUCUUUCUCUACCUCGCUUUUCAGUCUGUCCAUGAACCUCUUGAGGUCCCUGAAGAAUACAUGAAACCAUAUUCUUCCAUUAAAGAUGUAAAGAGGCGCCAUUAUGCAGGCAUGGUGACUCUUAUGGAUGAAGCUGUAGGAAAUCUUACUGAUGCUCUGAAAAGAUAUGGUCUUUGGGACAACACAGUUCUUAUUUUCUCUACUG